CAUAAUUUUAUCCAACAAAACUCAAAAUUCUAAACCCAUCAUACUUUAAUUAGAUCUUUCUCUUUCAAUUUCCUUGUUUCUUUCAUCUUCUUCAUUCUCCUCCAGAUCUCCACCUCUGCGAAAAAGUGCACAUCUAAACAGGAGGUCUCUUUUUCACCUCUAUCUUUGCCUCACCUCCUUCUCCACCUUCGGCUCUUCCAUCUCAUCGCACUUCUUAGUCCAAACGUCUCCAACUUCUGGUAAUCGGUUACCGACCCAUACCAACCGAGAUAUCGGUAAGGGAUCACUUUGGCUCGGUUGUGGCAUCAAAUUUGCGAUCGGUUGGUAGGUGGUACGAGCAAAAUGGGGUCGGUAUUCUACCGCAGACUCACGCAAUCUAAGCUCAGGCAAUUUGCCCGUCACAUUAAGAUCCUUCCUUAUGCUUCUUCUUCUUCUCUGCUGAACCCAACUGUUUCCAAGCCAUGCAUUUCAGACAACCCAUUGUUCUAUCUCCCUGGUUUCGGCAGUCAAGUUAGGUUUUUUGCUGCCCCUGUUCAGGCAAAUGGAAAUGCAAAGAAGGCAGAGCAGGGCUCGGGUGGUCCGAGGCUGAAUGAGCAUAUUCAAGCCGAUGUUAUUAGGCUUGUUGUGGGUGAAGAACAUUUUGUCAUGUCAAAGAGUGAAGCUCUGCAACGUGCAAGGAAACUUGAGCUGGAUUUAGUCGAGGUUCAACACUCGAGUAGUCCUCCUGUUUGUAAAAUCAUGGAUUACCACAAAGAGAGGUAUAAACAAGUACUAAGGGAGAAAGAGCGAAUUAAAAUCAAGUCUAAGGAAGUUAAGACUUUGCGUUCAGACACUAAGGAAGUCAAGUUUUCACCAAAAACUGAGGCAAAGGAUCUCAAGAUGAAAGCAGACAGGGUGAUAAAAUUUAUGGACAAGGGUUACCGAGUGAAGUGUACUGCCACGGAUUCUGAAGGUCGGAACUUGGAUGCAGUUUUUUCUGGUCUCAUUGCGCUGAUAGACGACGCAGCGUAUAUUGAGUGUGAUCCUACUGUAGGAAGAGGAAAAGAGUCGUAUAUAAUGGUCAGGCAUGUGAAGUUCGGUCCACCAAAGUCUGGUGUGAAGAAAAAGGCUGAAGACAAAAAGAAACCUGAGAAGGCUAGUGAUGAUGGUGUUGGGGUUACAACAGCAGACACAGUUCCACUUCCUUCACAUGAAUCUUCUGGUAUGGCUGAAAAUAGGUAUAGAAACACUGAGAUUUCACCAACAAGAGAAAUGGAUGGUAAGAGAGGAACCCCAGAGAAGGGCGAGGCCCAACUUCCCUAUCAAAGUAGGGAAAUCCCAAUUCCACAUUUCUCACCAUCAAUGGGAGAGCAGCAGAUUCCUUAUCAAAGAAGAGAAGCACCAACAGACGUGCACUCCUCAUCACCAGUGAGAGAAACCAACAGAGCUACUCCAUCGGCAUUUAGAAACUGUGAUCCUCUUCCUAAUGGUGUUCCCAAGCAAGAACCACGUAGUUCUAAUCCUCCCCGCCCUGCAGGGCCCAAGCAAGAAUCAUUAAGUAGUCGUAUACCUCUUCGGUCUCGUUCUCCAGGACUUGGUUAUGGGAUAUUUAGCAACUCAACAGGUAAUAGAUCUGUGAAAGAAGAUGUGCGGGAUAGGUUUCCAGCAAAUCCAAACUCACCGAGUUCAAGACCUUAUAGCAGCUAAAGACCAGGAACACACUGAUAACCCGCAAAACUAAAGAUGCAGACAGAUGAUAAUGCCCGUUUAGAUGAUUAUUUAAGAAGUAUCUAGCUGUAUGUGCCAAUAAUUAUUCGUAACUGUGUUUACCCUGAGAUUGCGCCCCUUUUUCAAAAUCGCAUGCAUUUGGGUUACAAGGGGGUGUAAUGAGAUUUUGAUCUGUCCCUGUAUAGUAUUAAAACUUCCAUUCAGUGAUUUGAGUCUGCAGUUUAUAAUGAUUUUGACGGCAGCCACAUUUAUAAACCAUAAAGCUUGUAAGCUAGUUUUGCCUCAUGAAAUAAUAAUUUGAGCA